UCCAAAGCAGUGUGCACGAGCUGGCAGGGAGAACUGUUAGUAAACAAAACCGUUCUCCUCCCCGUUUGAGAUCCUUGGAAAUUACUGGCUGGGACCCGGUGAUUUACAGGCGCAGCUACACAGUGGAACACCGAUCUGUGCUAGGUCCCGAUCAUGCAGAGUAGUAAGCAAGAUGUCACUUCUGACAUCAUUGCUUACUACAUAUGAAAUCUGUGAAUGGUCACAUGGUACAAGGCUAUUCACAACAGCCUUGUACCCUGUGACAAGCUGUGACCAAUCAGAGCUCAGACAG